AUGAAAAUUUUGAAUAGAUAUGAGGCUUGGUGGCCUGUUAGAAUAGUUUUGGAUGAAAACUAUUCGACGCCACAGUUGUUUAAGAAGCAGAUAGGAAAUUCUGAUAAGGAUGAAAUACGAGUGGUGAAGGAAUGUAUUGUAAGAAUGCAAAAUGAGCAAAUUCAUGAGAAGGAUGAGAAUGGAUGGUUAUUAGAUAUCAAGCGAAACAUGACGAAAUCAAGAAUUCACAUAUAUGAACAAAUAUUGAAUGGAUUUACCAAUAUUAAUCAAAAGCAAAGGACAACCGAACUAAUUAAGAAAUUGAAUUUGUGGGAAAAUAGAGAUUUUGCCUCAUUAUUUGUUGUUAAAAGGGAUUUUACUGAUCUGCCUUUUAAAUGGCAGCAAGAAAAGGAAAUUGCACUGAUAGCUAUUCGAAGGGAGCCUAGUACAUUCCAAUUAUUAUCAAGAGAAUUAAGAAUGGACAAGGAAGUUAUCAUGACAGCUGUCAAAUUAAAUGGAGAUUUGCUGAGAUAUGUAUGUGCAACGAUUGAAAGAGAAAUGGUUUUUACAGCCUUCUCUGCACUAAUACCAAUCAAAUAUUGUGGUUUAUAUUGGAUUAUUGGUAAAAUGGCUGAUGAUAGGGAUAUUGUAAUGGCAGCUGUCAAAUCUGAUGGUCAAGCUCUUAAGAAUGCUUAUGAAUAUCAAAAUGACAGAGAAAUUGUAACAACAGCUGUGCAACAUAAUGGCUGUGCUAUUCAAUAUGCUUCAUUUGAAUUGCAAUUAGAUACUGAGAUAGUGCUGACAGCUGUCAAGCAAAAUCCUGAUGCUUAUUUCCUUGCAACAUUUGAAUGUCAGACAGAUCCUGAAAUAAUGGAAGCUGCUGGUAUAACAGAAGAUAUGGGAAUUCUAUUUUAACAAAUUUCAAAAUAAAAUCUUUGAAAUUCAUAG